AUGCAGUUCACUCUCUCCGCUGUUGUCCUCGCCUUCGCCGGCUUCGCUGCUGCCAUGCCCGCUGAGAACGUCGGCAACGGUGUCCAGGCCCAGCACGGUGCUCCUCGCUUCAAGGUCCCCGACAACAUGACCAUCCAGCAGGCUCAGGCCAAGUGUGGUGACCAGGCUCAGCUCUCUUGCUGCAACAAGGCCAUCUACGCCGGUGACACCACCGAUAUCAACUCCGGCCUCCUCGCUGGUACUCUCUCCAACCUCAUCGGUGCUGGCUCCGGUGCCGAAGGUCUCGGUCUAUUCGACCAGUGCUCCAAGCUCGACCUCCAGGUCCCCAUCAUCGGUAUUCCCAUCCAGGAUGUCCUCAACCAGAAGUGCAAGCAGAACAUUGCCUGCUGCCAGAACUCUCCUUCCUCCGCCAGCAAUGACCUCGUCGGUGCCGGUCUUCCUUGCGUUGCCCUCGGCUCCAUUCUGUAA